AUGGCCGCCAUUGCAGAUACGCCGGCCUCAGCCUCAUCCUCAUCCCCAGCCUCACCCUCGAGCCUUGCAGUGUCCGGACACAUCGUCCCGCCCCGAUCCCGGCCCCUGCCCCGGCCCAAAGCAUUUGAUGGUGGCGGUGGCUGUGGCUACAAGGCAUACACGCCCAAAUGCAAAUCGACAUCGACAUCGACUCAGGUCCAUGUGGCAGCCUUGCCCGUGGCCGCUGGCGACGACGUCCUCGAGGACGAACAGGAAUAUAGCACACAAGGGCUACACUUCCUCCAUGACGAACAGGAAUAUAGUACCCAAGGGCUGCACGCGCUGCCCAUCGUCAUCUCCCACGCCAAAGGCGCAUAUCUCUGGGCCACCGAUGGCCGCAAGUACCUCGACUUCAUGUCGGCCUUUGCCGUGGCCAAUCAAGGCCACUGCCAUCCUCGAAUCAUUGCCGCCCUGGUCGACCAGGCCCAGCGAUGUACAUUGACGUCGAGGGCCGUCUAUAAUGAUAAAAACUCGGUCCUCUGUAAGAAACUGUGUCAGCUCCUCGGGUUCGAAAAGGCAUCGGCCAUGAACACCGGGUCCGAUGCAAUUGACCUGGUCAUCAAGCUCGCUCGACACUGGGGAUACACGCGGAAAGGAAUCGCCAAGGACGAAGCGGUGGUGCUGACCUGCACGGGGAACUUCCAUGGCAAGACACUGACCCCGUUGGCGGCGUCGACUAACGAGGACAUCAAGGCCUACUUCGGACCUUUCCUGCCCGGAGUCGGGGCCGAGUGCAACGGCCGCACGGUGCGAUUCAACAACGUCGAAGAUCUCCGCCAAGUGCUGGAGAGUGACGGUCACCGGGUCGCGGCCUUCAUGGUCGAGUGUGUCCAGGGCUAUGGCGGAUGCCGGCCAGUGAGCGAGGGCUAUCUCCGGGCCGUGCGGGAGCUUUGUACCAAACACAACGUUCUCCUGGUCAUCGAUGAGAUCCAGUCCGGGUUUGGAAGAGCAGGCUACUUCAUGUCGUAUCAGAAGGAGAACAUCCAGCCCGAUCUGUUGGUGCUGGGCAAAGCCCUGACCGGCGGCGUCUAUGCCAUGAGUAUGGUGCUCGGAAGUAAGGAGGUGAUGGGGGACCGAUUGCCUGGACAACACAGCUCGACCUUCUCCGGCAAUCCUCUAGCAUGCGCCGUCGCCCUGGAAGCGAUCAACGUCGUUCUCGACGAAAAACUGCCGCAGCGGGCCCGAGACCUGGGCGACCGCGCCAGAGCACGCCUGCAGUCGAUCCAGUCUCCGUUCAUCGCCGAAGUCACGGGCCAGGGUCUCAUGAUUGCCGUCAGCAUCGACGAGUCUCAUCCGUCAGGUCGGGUCAAGGCUUCCCGGUUGGCCGCCCUGAUGGCUCAACGGGGGGUGAUCUUGUAUUCGGCCGCGCAUCGGAUCAGAAUGUCGCCGCCAUUGGUGAUGGAAGAGACGGAUCUUUGGGGGGGGAUUGAUAUUUUUGAGUCUUGCUUGAGGGAUUUGGUGAAUAUUGAUGAAAAGAUUCCGGGAGAGUGA